GGAGGGAAGAAGGGAAGGGCGGGCGGAGCGGCGGCGGGAGCGGCCGCCCGUAGCGGGGAUGGCGCGGCCGGGCAGGAGGAACAGGAAAGUAGUUGAUUAUUCUCAGUUUGGGGAUUUGGAAGAUGACGAUGAAGACUUUGCACCUUCAAGCAAAAAAUCCAGAACACAACCCAAGGAACCAAAGAAGGAGAAAAAAGAGAAGCAAAAAAAGCCACCCAAAGAAGUGACUCAGUCACAAACACAGACACUUAGUAAAAGGUUAUCCUUGGAUGACAAACUUUAUAAGAGAGAUUUGGAAGUUGCCUUAGCCUUGUCUGUCAAAGAAAAAUCUGCAAAUAUCCUUGAGGUGCAAAAUUCAGAAGAACAAGAUCAGAGUAUUGAAUCAGAAAACAUACACAGGAGACCCCCUUUUUCCAACUGCAGUGUAGACAGUGAGGUUUUAGGUCUCAAUCAGGUGAUGGACGAAGACACACCCAAGGGUGAUGGUGGGAAAAGAACAGUGACAUCCAAAGUUCCAGCGCGGCAGAAGGUGGUUGACAGUGAUGACACAGAGCGUGACACUGACUCUGAGCCAGAGUCUGUCCCCACAUCACCUGUAGUUUCUCCUUCAUGGACAAUGGAACAGAAACCUGAGCCAAGGCAAAAGAUGAUGUCCAACUCCUCAGAACCAGUUGGGAGGCCUCUACUGGCAUCAAGUCCUGUAACACACAGAAAGCCUAAAUGGACACCCCCAGCUCCAUCAGGAAGCAGUAAUUCCUCUGGGAAAUACGUUGCUGUUAAGUCACCUACUCACUGCCUUAGACUUGGCCUCUCCAGACUGGCAAGAGUUAAACCACUGCAUCCCAGUGCCACCAGCAGUUGAAUGGUCAGUGACAAGGUGCCACAUGAAGGAAAAGACUGUGGAAAGCGUUUUGCUUAUAAACAGCAUCAUGGCACCAUCCAUUUUGGAGGACUGUUGUUUAUGGAUGGUGUUGUAAUGAGUUUUUAUCCUGCAAGUUGCUGGGCAUCCUUAAGUGCUACUGAACAAUUGUAUUAUUUAAUCAAGGUGACAUCUGGGUCACCAGCUCUUUCAUGUAUUAUAUUCACAGAUGUGGGUUUGUGAUAAUUUUAAUUCUCUAAUAUCUAAACUCUUGGCAAUAAAAUAACCUAGACAGCAGUAUGUAUGACAGGAAAUAUGUUUUUUAGAAUGUUGUAUUUUUAAAAAAAACUAAAAUAAAGUGCUUCGUAUAAUCUGA